AUGCUAGAACAGGCCCACGAGUGUACCGCAGCUGAAGCAGCUGCGGAAGAAUGCAUCGAAGGCGAUUUGGUUUACAAAUCUCCGGGCUAUGCGCAAUGGAUCGGAUGGUUGGACACCCUCGGUGUGCUGUUCUUGUUCAUGAUGUCCAACUCGCAGAUCAACACCAUCAAGUUUGGUAUGUCCUGGCAUUUCUACUUUAUGAUGGAGUUCAUCGAUCCGAAAAACGGCCGAACGCUGUGUCCAGAGUCGGAGCUGGUCUUCGGCAGCAUGGUCUGCGUGACCGAGCCGCUUGUUCGCAUCUCUUUCCCAGGGGGUGUUCGACUCCCCCCGAAGGAAGAAGCCAAGUCUUCCGGGAUGGACGUGGGAGGUGCUGGUGACGACAGUGCUCGGGUGCUUUUUUGCUGCACUGGCGACAUUCGUGCCGUGCCCGCUCUUCAAUUCGAGGAACUGCAGGCGGACAGGGACGGAAUGAAAGAAGCAGGAAGGAAGACCUUGCACCCGAGGAAAGCCUUCCAGGACAUGAUCUCCACCAUGGGCACCGUCAGCAAGAUCUGGGAGGAGGCAGUGGAGUACAUCUGCGGCACGAGUCGAACAGCCAAGCGAUUUCACUUAGAGGCGAAGAUCGAUGCCAUCAGCCAGAUGAACUUGAACGUCGCUGCUAACCUCAAGGCGGCCUGGUGGGAGUCUGCCUUGCUUGCCAGAUUCGAACCCCGGCGUCAGAUCAUGAUGCAGUUUCAGAGCAACAUCGCGGACAUUGUGGACAUUCUGCCCGCCGUGAAGUCCUGCGUGCUCAAUGAAGAUUUCUCUGGGAAGCAUGAGGAGUUCGUCCGACCUCUCCACCCGCAGCUGCAGGCCAUGGUUCAAGAGGCCACGGCUCUCACCGAACUUUGCCUCAGUGCGACCUAUGAGAAGCAGAUCAAUGAGAUCAUGAAGUCGGCGAUCCUGCAGUCAAAGACUCACAUACGGAAGCUGCAGCGGAUUUUAGUUAAGGACUACAAGAAUUACUGCCCGAAGCCUUCCGACGACCUGGCUGAUGAGACGAUCAUGGUCUUCUCCGUGUCUUUCACGGCGCGCAAAGCCGCAGACCUGGCGCAGCGUGUUAUCGAGUGGAAUGAGGAGGACACGAAGUGGCGCUGCUGGCGUGGGGACAACGUCUUGCUGUUGGUGAAAGGAGCCUGGGAGGGGCUCCGCAACACCUGGGCGCCUGGUAAGAUUUUCAGCUACUUGUCAGUUCCUCAACAGCCAGGCAACUUUGCCGGCAUCACCAUUGUGUUCUUUUUGGCAAUCAGGAUGAAUGGCUACGUUUUCACGAGCUACACUCCGAUAAUGCCGGCCACUCUGGCCUUGCUCAUAUCCCAAUACCAGAGCACGGCAUUUACCAACAACCUUCAUCGAUUGCUGGGUGUCCUUUUGGGCAAGGUGCUGCCCUUGCUGAUCCUCUCUGGGCUUUCGAUUUUCGAUUGUGGGUCAAAGAUGCGCUCGGCGGCUGCCUUUUUGGCCAUCUGGCUCUAUGUCUGGGUGUUCAUGUACAUGUAUUUCACAUCACAAACAUGGAGUUUGGUGGGCUGCUUGAUUGCGGGCUUCGGCGUCUAUCCGCUGCUCACGACCUGCACUAGCGGCCUGAACACGGAUCUUUUCAACACGCGAUACUGCGAGCUCGGGCAGAUCACCAUGGCCUUGGCAGUGCAGCUGCUCGUGGACAGUCUCCUCAAGCGAGAGGGCCCCGAAGCGGCGGCCGACGCCCGGCUUGACAGGAACGAUAAGGAGAACGAUGUGGAGUCGCAGGCGGUGGCUUGUCUGUCCUUUCUUUCGCAAGGUUCCGAGGCAUUUCAGACUUUGGGACUAACCAUUGAGCCUUUGCCGGGUUGGGCAAAGUGGUUCAGAACGACCUUGAAGACUCUUGGAACUCAUCAGCAAGACUGGUUCAUGUUUUGGCCCCACACUUCCAGCCCGAAGCUCCAGCAUCAGGCUUUGCAGAAGGCCUUGAACGAGGCGGAUACCUGCAUGGCCCGCGCUCGGUCUUUGGUGACCGAGGCCGAUCCGAAAUCGCGAAUCGCGGCGGGCCCCCAGACGCCUUUCAAGAUCGCGCUCUACCGCGACUCGCUGGACAUUCUGCAGAACUGCAUGAACAACUUGACCCUCUUCCUGAUGGCUUCGAAAACCUGGGCAGAGACGCUGUUCUGA